AUGGCGGCGAUCGCUGAAAUUUCAAGUCUCCAAGAAUGGGAGGAGGAAUGGAAAACCUUGGAAGAGGAUACGAAAAAGUUCAAGGUUCUAAUUUUAUAUCUAAAAUGAGCAGUUUUAAUCUUAAGACAUCGUACAUUACGAUAGUGGAACUGUGUAAAUUAUUCAUGGUCCUCGAUCUCUAAUAGAAUCAUUGAACCAAUUGGUCAUGCUUGAACAGGGUUGCUCGCGUUUAGGAUUAUCCCAGUAUGGAAUUUGAAACAGUCCUGCUCUUAGAUUUUAAAUACGUUUCCGAAGAAAUUAGGCUCCCUCAACUUGGUUCAUUACCUUAAAAAACGCGUCAGAUCAGGAAACAAAGCUAAAAGUUGAGACUCAAUGUAACCAUUUUUAGCCAAGUCACUUUGAUCUUGAUCUUGGAGAUCAAAAUCCAUGGGAAGGAAAGUGGUGAUAUUAAAGUUACCUUAGUUGCCGGGGAAAAAAACAAUCCUCAUUUUUGCCGAUAUUGGCUCAAUUUACAAUAGUGUGGCAUGUUUAAAAAGCUUGCUUCUGACAAUUAAAUUACAGAUCAAAAUUUUAUGAAAAUGUUAAAAUUCUAUACUUAUUACUUGGAAAGGGAGCUUUAAAUUCUAUUGGAAUUUGCAUCACUCAUGGAAGUCAUGGAUCUGUAGCAAGGUAGAAGCCUGAGGUGCCGUGGUGUCCAAAGUUACCAUAGCAACAAAACCUGUAGUAUUAAAACAAAGCCAUGACAAAUUAAGUUCGGUUGUUUUUGUGGAUGGAUUUUCAUCACGAUCCACAUUCCCUUAGUCAGUGAACAUGUAAAAGCAGUUAACCGGACUGCCACUGCGGCCUGCUGUCCAUUUGUCACUGGAUAAUAAGUUUAGUAGAAUGGCUGCUUUAUUCUAAACUGGCUUGUUUGGGAUUUGUGGAUUAAAGAAUGAAGUAUAUUACAUGUCUAAGGUGUGCUAGUUUCGCUUCAGUGCUUAAGGAACAAAGUUGAAUGUUUAUAAAAAGAUAUGGUACAGAUGAUAUUAAAAUAUGUAAAUUAUAGACUACUGCAGGACUGCAGUGCUGGGCGAGGAGUAUGUUAUAGAAGUUAUGAUGCUGAUAAAAAUUACUGGAGGAAUUGUCAAAUUUACCUAAAUCAAGUCUAUUCAAGAGAGGUGGCAUACCUGAACGAACAGAUUCACACUUCAUAACAGUGAUAACAUUUAACUUUGUUUAUUAUGAUCAGUCAUCACCUUAAAUUCAAACUUAAAAUUCAAACGACCGUAAGAAACAAUAAUUUACAUCUAUUGCUGAAAGCUCUGUACCUUGAAGCAACCUUAACUUUCCUUAGGUUUGCAACAAAACACUACUCGAUAUCUUAUUAAACUCUUUGGCGGUUGUUCAUCUAUACGCAGGUAUAUGUUACCUAUUCUAAACUCUUUAUAGGAAAAUUGUUUAAAGGAAAAAGCAAAACACACACUGUGUCUGAAAAGCAACAUAAAAUCAAUAAAGUUGCAAAUUACCAAAAUAUAAUACUGAGAAACAAUCCUGCCUUUUGAUCCUUGUCAAAACAGUUAAUCUUUGGUUUAUGAGGUAAUGCACAUGAUAGUACACAAAUCCGCUGGCAAGACUCUUGAUGAUCGCUUUGCAAGCUGUGAGAACAUUGUUUUGAUUUCAUUUAAGAGAAUCUACCCCCCCCCCCCUGGGACAGGUAUUCUGUAGUUUAGCCAAAUUUUUUUUUACUUAUCAGAUACAUGUAUAUUCCUUGCCUUGAAGUGUUUUUUUUUCUUUUUCAUUAUUCUUAAGUACAGAGAAAAUGGUUUGUCACCCUCUCCCUCACCCUGUUCAAUUCAUGAGUAAAUAUGUUUAUUUAAGGGCCAUGCAAAUGUAUAAUGUUACUGGGAGUGUGUGGUGCAAACUUUUGUUGAUUUCGUGGUGUGACUUAUGAACACACUUAAGAGAACUGUUUUGUGUUAAACUACCGAUGAGUUCAAGUUAAUCGUGUUUUUGUAUUCAUUUGUCUAUUCCAGCAAACAAAGUUUUAUGAAUACCAACAGAAAAUGGACGAUUUUCAUUCCAGUCAAAAAUCCUGUGUCUCUGCUAUAAACCAGCAGAGAAGAAAGUUAAGAGAUUUCCAAGCAUCACUUCAGCGGUAUGGACUAUGUAUGGACUUAAUUAUGGAUGUAGUAUUGAUUAUUUAAUGCAUAAAUCUGUUUUUUGUGGUGAGUGAAACCCUUAAGUCACAAAGACUCAUAUUUCACAAACAUGCCAAUAUAAUAAAUUAAUGAGAUUCUUCACUCCAUUAAUAGUAAAAUGUCUGCAGCUGGACCCCAAAGAGUUGUUGUUGUAGAAAAGGAAAGUCGAAAGGAAAUCUCCUCUUAGAUUCUUCGUUAUUUACUUAAAAUCGGCAAGGUAAAAAAAAUAAUCCCGACUUAUUAUAGUUUUGAGAAAAACAUCUCAGUCAGCAACAGAUCACCCACAGUUUGCUGACUGCAGGCGAACGUGCAGCCCACAAUUGGCUACCAGUCAAUAGUGGGGGAUUUUUUGUUCCAUUUACCAUGAAACUGUGCCUCUGUUAUUAAUGACAUAUUACUAUUGUAAAUUUUAGUUCCUUGCCGGUUCAUUUUAUCGUGGCUCCAGUUUAUUAGACUUGCCACAAGUCGACCUCACAGGUUUCUAAGUGAGCAGAGCGAACUUUUUAGGCUAAUAAGUGGCUGAGGGACAAAGUACUUUUUUAAAAGUCUACCGCUUGAUUGUCAGUCUCCUCAGUCUCGUGUGAUAACCUAAAUUAAUUCAUGAUUUUGUAGAGUUGUGAAAGGAACAUUAACUGAAGAGCAGAAAGCUCACAGCCACAGACUUCAACGGAAGAUUUUAGAACUGGAAAAACAGAUAAAAGAGUUGGAAAAAAGUCUUCCCUCUCAAGCAGGGUAAUGCAAUUUCUCUUUGACUUUGCUCAUAUAAUAUCAUCACAUUCUUUCCUUUUUAAGGUUUUAUAGCAUGUUUUUUAUUUUUUCAUGCCGGCAUAUGUGGCCUAGCAGUAAACACCUACAACUCCGGAUCUGGAAGUCCAGGGUUCAAGCCUUGCCGAUCAUAUUGUUUCCUUAGACAAGGAAGUUUACUCCACUUUGUCUCUCUUCACUCGGGUGUAUGAAUGGGUACCAGUGAUAUACUGCUGGGGGGUAACCCUGCGAUGGACUAGCAUUCCAUCCAGGGGGGAGUAGCGUAGCAAUACUUCUAGGAAUACUUCAUGCUAAGGAAACCAGGAUAAGAUCUGGCUGUUUGGGCCUGUGGCUCAUUUGCACUUUUACCUUGUUAAAUUUUUACAGGACGUUUCUCUUAAUUUUCAAUUGCUUCUUGCGACUUGCUAAACAUUUCUGUACUUGUUUGCAGGUUGUUUCUUAAGUUAUGCCUGGGAAAUAUAAAUGUUUCACUGUAUAAUUCAAAGUAAGUGAUACCCUCUGUUUACCCACUGUAAAUGCUCACCAUGUUGAACACAUAGUCUGAAUAACUCAACAGUUUUCUGUAUCUUUCUACAAACAGUGACUAUUAAAAUUCAAAUGGUAGAAUUUUUUCUGUCAGUUCAUUAAUCCCAUAUCAGAACUAAUUUUUGUCUAUCUUUUUCAGGCUGGAAUACAAAAAUGCAUACGAACAGUUUAAAUUUAAGAUGACAGUAAUCAGUAUGGUUUUCACCAUCUUAAAUUUAUAUGUCUUUAACUACAGGUAUUUUAUUUGUUUAUUUAUUUUUGUACAUACCACAUAUUCAUUACAUAAGCUCACAGAACUGAUGGCAGAGGUUUGUGGCACAAAUUCAGUCUUUUGCUGUACGUCUUCAUAAUCAACCAUGUACCUCCCUGUGGUAAACACAUAUCAACUCAGUCCCAGAUUUUUCAAAGGACUGAAGUCUCACAUAAUCAAAAUCAAUUAAAUGUCUGUAAAUUAUGACAAAAUAAUCUUUGUCAGUGAGGAAAUAUGUGCCAACACAUAGCAGAAACCUUACUUUUAAUCAAAAACAUUCUUGAACCCUGGUGAAGAAUGGGCUUGAAAUCCCAAACUAAAGAACAGAAAAGCUCCAAAGUUGAAUCCUGAGGAUUUCUGGAUAAAUCUCUCAGGAGUGUAAAUGACAUGCAUGUUGUGGUUCAAUAAUUGGUUUAAAUUCUAUUUUCGUUUGUGUCAAACUCAUUAUCAUACGUUACCAUAGCCAAAACCAAGGGGAAAUAGAAUUUAAACCAAGGAUAAAAUUGAACCAAAACAAAUACAACCUUUGUUUGAGGCAGGAAAUGUGGAUAUUUUGAGAAGUAUGACAUUUCCAGGAAUUGUUGAGAAUAAAUUUGAAGAACUGAGUCAAAGUAGGAUCGGGGUUUCAAGUGGAAAUCAGUGGAUCAAAGCAUUAUAUCUAUAAUACAGUCAAACGUCUAUAAACCCACCACCCUUGGGCAAGGGACAAGUGGCUGUUUCAUAGAGGUUCUGUUUACACUUACUUUACUUACAAUAUUGUUAAUUGGACUCUGGCAAGAAUAGCUACUUAAUAAGGAGGCUGCUUAAUGGAAGUUUGACUGUAGUUUACUGUUUACCCUGCAGAAUAUCGGAUGCUCUUUUCCACGCCAUGCUCUUAUGGUACUACAGCACACUAACGCUUCAAGAGCAUAUUUUGAUUGCAAAUGGAUCAAGGUGCAAAUCAUUACUACCAUUUGUAUAUGUUGAUAUAAGGUUAAAAAAGGUAUCAAAGGUGAACAUGUGCUGCCUCUGAACCCAGUUCAGGCUGUAUCAUGAGGCACUUAUUAGGAAUAUCACUAUCACCCCUGAACAGGAUAUUAAAACAAGUCCAUUGCAGGGUUGUACCAUCAGCAGUAUGUUGUCAGUACUCACUUAUAAACCUGCUGGGUGCAGAAUGAUAAAAUGGAGCCAAGUUUCUUGUCUAAGGAAACAAUGGAAUCGUAAGAUUUGAACCCAGGUCUUUAGAUCAGAAGUUUGAGGUGUUAACCACCUGGCUGUAUCAUUUAUAUGCAAAUUGCUACAACAUUUUUUAGUGCAGUGUUUGUUUGAAAGUCAUAUAUAUUUGAUGGUGUGAGCUGGUUUUAGGGUAUGACAAUUCACAACAUGAAAGUACCUAUUGUUAGUUUGUUACUAGGAGAAAUAACAUUAAGAGCAUGUUAUUUUACAAUGCAUCCCCAACUGGCUCACAAUGAAUUAUAAUGAACCAGGAGGCAACACCCAGGGGUGAGGGGUUACUACCAUAUAUGUUAUAUAGUGGUAUGUGCCACUGUGAAGGGUAUGGUUUUCUAGCACCUUAGUCUGGGAUAGAGUAUAGAAAUCAUAGGGUUUGUGUCUAGAAUAGGGUAUCCUUUUCUAGGAAACUUUUUUAUUGGUUGAAGAUUUUUAGUCUUGACUAGGGAAACUGGAAUUGACACUCAAAAAAGUUAAAAUAAUUUUUGGCAAUUCUUAAUUUACCUGCAACUCAGUUAAAUAGUGAAGAAAGUGGAGACCUCCAUAAUUUUUGGAAAAUAUCAACUCUAGGAUAAGGAGAGAUGUCGCAAGUUAAGUCUAGUUUAGGGUAGCAAAAUUCAUCCGAACUAGGUAUGGGCUUAGGGUUGCAGGGUCCAAGCGGCACAUCCCUACCCACACAGUAUUCAAAGUACUUCCUCCAAUAGACAACAUGGCUGGGUGGUUCAUGGCAGCAGAUUUCACUGUGGCCACCCUAUGUUCAAUUCUAACCAGAUCUGUUUGCUCAAAGUCCAAACUUCAACUUCUCGGCCCUGCUUGUAAAAUAAACAACUGGCUUGCCUCUGUCCUGCCUUAUGAGAUAUUUAAUCAAGUUUUUAUCAUUAUGACUGAUAGUUUAACUUGAAUUUCUUUCUUUGUUAUAUUUUAAUUGAACAAGUAGUGUGUUUAAACCAGCUGAUAAGUAUGGCCUGUCCUAAUUUUCAGUGUGCCAUAUAUGAUCAAAAAAGGCCUGUAGCAAAUUGAAAAUUUUAUCAAUGUUGCUUAUAAAAUUUUUUGUGUAAUUGAUGAGAGUGGUAGUGCAAAAAAGGUUCCUUGGUCAAAGAAAGAAAGCACUUUGAAAAUAAUUAUCCCAGAAGUUUUAACAGACUGUGACUUUAAUUCCACUGCAGAAUAAAGGGCUGGUGGGUGGCUCAUCACUAUGUAUCCAUCAUUUUGUCUGGAUUACUUCUUAUAUGGUAAGUCUUUUGAAUGUGAAUAUAUACAAUAAAUUAUAUUUUAAAAUACGUCAUGUUGUUGUUACAUGAUAUGAAGCAGAAGGCUUCACUAACCGAGUUUUCAUAGAAAAAACUCCCCAAAAUUAUUGCAACCUUGCAAGAAGUAUCCCCUGAUAGAAUCAUUAAGUACCUCUUUUUUCCUAACUGGACCCUUCAAGUAUGAAUUGUGCAAUGAUUUCAGUCACUAGGUAAAAAAUUAGUCUCUUAUGUCUAUUUCACUUCUUCCAUUGAUACUGUAGAUAGUAUCCUCCAUAAAGGUGUUUACUUGCAAGGUAUCCCUACCUCUAGCUCAUGAGUAAGAAUUGUUGUUGCUCAACAGAAAUAUGUAGAAGGGUUUAUAUGGGGAUUUUAGCGAUCGUUAUUUAAGGUACGAAAAAACAUUAAAUAUACAUAAUAACAUCUUACAUUGUUUAUUUAUGGUGUGUUAGCAUUUCUGGCGGUUUCAUUACGAUUCUAGAAAGUUUUAGCAUCUUGCUAGAAUUGCAGCAACGAUUCUUACUUGUGAGCUUGGGUUACCUGUGAUGAAAAGUUUUUCUAACCACAUUUACCUACUUUUGUUUUCCUUUAAUUUAAAUUCAGGCCAGAUGGAAGAGUGUAUCAGAUCUUUAGAGGGCAAUUCUUUUAUUUUUCACUGUACCUAAGUGAGUACUUGUAUAAUUUAGAAAAGCUUGGCAACUGAAAGUUGCAUUAAAUGUUAAAGGUAAAGUCUCCUUUCAUUUAUGUCGGAAGCUUAAAAUAGUGAUCAUCUGACUAACAAACCUAAGGGUGACGUUGUGCUCAUUACCCCCUUCCUCCCAUCAGUGGUAAGCAACUUAAAACCAGACAAAAAGGAGAGAAGUCAAAAGUACUAGGAUUUGAGGGCAACACCUGCCUGAGUAUCAAACUUGAGACCUCCCGCACAGAAGGCUGCACACUAACCAAUAGAGAGGAGAAGUCAUUGCGUCGCAUUGCCAUGGUAGCAAAAUUUUUGGAUGACAACAAACUGAUAAAGUCACUUAAAAGUCUAAUCGCACUAUUUCAAACUACACUGAUCUUAUCCAGUUUCUUUUAAUUUGGCAAAUCUUGGCGAAAUUUUCUUUGGGACCGUAUCUAUCGUUAUAUAAGUUUAAAAAAAGAAGGCGACAAUUUUUGUGUGUUGUUCACUCAUAAAGUGGGCUCGUGAAAUUAGGAAGUUUCAUAUCGUAGUGGUGCAACGGCGGCAAAGAAAUGUACAAAAUAGCGUGAUGCAAGUGCAAAGUUGUUGUUUGUUAAUAUAAACAUAUAUUUUUUGCCGUUCUCCUUGCUAUCGCCGUUGUUGUUGGUUUUGUUGUCACCCAGAAAUAGUGCUACCAUGGUAAUGUGACAUAACACUUCUCCUCUCUAUUGUGCCAAUCCUAGCUCCAAAAUUGUUCAUGAUUUUGACACCUUCUUCAGAACCCCAUCAAAAAUUAAUGAAGGAAAUGCAAAAUUAUGUUUUAUGAGUGGCAUUAAAAGCUGAUAAAAUACACAGCUAAUUGUUACCUUCGAUUUUCUUGGCCAAAAUUAUCCAUAACCUUUCAAUGAAUGGAAGUGAUGUUCAGGUGCUCAGUACAGCAAAAAAACUAAUGUAUCUGCAAACUGAAACAUUCCUAUCCAUUGAUUCAAGAAUCUUCUUUUUUUCAUUUCAAGUUUUUGUUCAGCUACUUCAGUUUAGAUAUCAAAGUGGUGUUCUGUAUCGCUUGAGAGCACUUGGGAUCAGCACAAAGAUGGACAUAACUUUAGGUAUCACUGGCCUCAGUAAAUUUAUGUGUUUGUUGCAGUCAUUAUUAAAUGACCAAUAGCCCACGUUCGAUGUAUUAAAAAUUGUAACAUGACUUCAAGGUUUUCUUGUCUUUUUUCUAUAUUUGGUUUGGUUUUCUUUGUGCUCAAGUCUCUUCUGGGAUUUGCGAGACAAUGGAGGCGUGAAAAAUUUGCAUUUUUGACUUUGAAGCCUUGGAGUCAUGUUAGAAUAUUUUAAUAUAUCGAACGUGGUCUAUUGUCUACAUUGUAGAGGUAUUCAUAUUUUAGAAGUUUAGCAUUCCUGGCACCAAAAGAAAUGUCCGUAAUAGGAAGGUGUCCAAAAGUAGAGCGGAUUCAGCUAAGCUUGUGAGCAAGCUUGUUAGAAAUCACCUUCUAGGAAAACACAAGAGAUGAAGGUUAUGCCUGCAUGAGCCGCAAAAGAUUGAGGAACUUUCUCAGGCCUUUUGUGCAAGUUGAGGAAUACCCUGUAUGCUUGUUUUUGUCGAGCCCUGAAAUUUUACCAUUAAGCCUUGUUUUGGAAUUGGAACUAUAUCGAAUUUCACAACAAUGAAUUCCCGUUGCAGUGCAAAGUAGUUCAGGUAGCCCGGACAGGUAGGUACAAAACUCGGACCAGAUCGACUCAUUUACAUAUUGGGACAGCAAUGCAACUAUUGUCUGGUAAGUAUGUAAAUUAUGUGAUCCGAGUCCGAGUUUUGUACCUGCCUAAAGACCCGCCUAAAGAGCACUCAUGCAUAGAAGUAACGGAAUUAUGUCCAUACACCACGGGGAGUAUUGGGAAGUAGUUUACCAUUGGCAUUCACAUGGGCAAACCGGUCUGCUCGGUCUGCUCACGGUUUAGGCAAAUGGUAUGCAAAAUUUGAGACUGGUAAAUUCCGUGCCGGAAUCGCGUUUAACAUUUGCGCAAAUCAGUUCCAUUAACCGAAAAACGACAGCGAAAGCCUGAAACGUGUAUCAAAGAUGGAUUUGAGUUACACUUUCUCAAAGCCCGUUUCUGGUUUCUGCUGGUUAGAUACGUCCCUCGUGCUUUCGGCGUUCACGUUGUCGACUUGUGGCAAGUCUAGCUUUGAGUAAAUGGAACACAAAUGCCCGGUUGGAACAUUCCGACCGGGAAAACAGGACUACCUUUCCAGGAGUUUCGUUUUUCCAGGAAAUUGUCCUCAGAAACGACACGGAGAGUCGUGUUCCAUUUCCUUUGCAACCGGAUUUUCCAGAAACUUUUUGCAAGUGGUAAUCAACCUCAGACUUAAAUGUUAUUGGCUAAUAAUGAUAUCUUUUCCAGAGGGAUUUCAAUCGUGGAUGUGGAGAGGGUUAGGUUUUAUCAUUCCCUUCCUUAUUUUUGGUUAUGUAAGUAUCACCAUUUUGUUUGGUGUGGUAUAUUCAAAUAAUUAAUUUUAAAGUAAAUUACAUCCUCGAUGAGGAUUUUUAGCGUCUCUCCCCAGUCUCGCUCUCUGUUUUCAGCCUCGCACCGGACAUUUUGUUUGACUGCUAGCGCGUAGUUGAAUACGCAAAAAUGCGGACUGUUUUGUAGUCUACUCUCACAAUAAAAUACAAUUCUCUUUACAUUUCAUCAAACGACACUGUUUUCUAACUUCCACAGCUCUUCCAGCUGUACAAUGCAUACACGUUAUACCGUCUGUACUUUCACCCGGAAUGUGUUGAGUGGCAGGUAAGUCAAUUGUAGCUGAUUUACAGGCUCAUGGGAUCAGUAGCAUUCAUUAAAGGAUGUGUGUCACUGCGGCCAAAUUGAGGGAUACAUUAAAAAAAACUGCUCAAAACAUGAAAAGAAGGUAGAAAUAACACAGCGAAUACAAAAAGGAGCCACGAAUAGUCAAAUGCCAAGAAGAUUGAAACGGACUGCAAUUUUUUAUUGUGGUUUUUAAACUAAAAUUUUUCAAAUUUCGUUUUUGUUGUUUGUAAUGUUUGAUAUAUUGCUUGGGAGACAUAGUCCCAUGAUAGCGAACAAGGAAGCGAUUGUUAGCGGCAAAAUGAACUAGCCAGCCGUGACACAUGGCCCCUUAACUGGGUUUUUAAUUAUUAAAUUUGUUUGCAAGCGUGAAAAUUUGUUUGCAAGCGGUUGUAGGGAUGGCUGUUUCCAACAGCACAAGUUUAGAGAUUAAGAAUCAUGUCUAUAGCAAACGGCAAACGUCAAUGUGUACCAUGUUGCAGGUUUUCCUUUUAAAUUUAGUUUACUGCUCUUUAUGUCUACAGAAAUGUUAGUAGUUUCCUGUCAGGUUCAUCCAGGAGAAUAAUUUUGCACAAUUUUUAUCUGUUCAUUUCCUAGUUGUAGAAACUUGCAGCUUGAAUGUGACGUUUGCCGUUUGCGGUAAACCUUAUCUAAAUUUGUCUAUUAUCGCGGCAAAACGUUUUGCAAAGUCUUUAUAGUUCCUGAACGUGUGGGUUAACGGCCAAUUCCUUUUUUAUGCGGUCCUACGUCACGUGACUACUAGAAAUGGAUUGACCGCGGCGAAUAGGGGCCUAAGAAAUAGAUACUCAGACCUCGACGGUGGAAAGAUCCCGGCUUUUGAAUUUGACAUAGUAUGAUCGGUGCUUAAGGAAUAAGUGUUGAGAAAGAUGAUUUUUCAGUGAGUGACACAGUCGGCUUGAAAGAAAUAAUCCGAGUACUCCUAAUGAGAGAGGAAGCUAUGACCAGGUCACAAGACCAGAUACUCUACCACUGAGCUACAGUGCACUCGUGCCCAGGAACUAAGGCCUCUAAAUUACGUUCAUGGUAGAGUAUCUGGACUGGUUACCAGAAGGGCAAUAGGUUCGACUCCUUUUGGGAGUACUCUGAUUUUCUCUUCCGAGCCGCCUGUGUCAGUGACUUUGUAGUUUCGUAAUUUGGCUGAAUUUCGUGACACAGCUACUUUAACUUCUGUUCUGGAACAAUAACCUACUGUUUUGAAACAAUAGUUACGAGUUCCCUUAAAUCUUAAAAUAUUUUUUGCAACCCGACCCAGAAGCGUAGGGCUUACUAUCUAGUGAAAACAGCGUUCCGAUUCCUCUUACGACUCCGUCGUUUACAUUCCGCUUUUGAUAUAGUUAACACCAGAUUGUCGGAGUCGGAAGCAGAAGUAGAAGAACUAAAAUAAUCACAAAGCGUGGGUGCGUGGGUGCUUUGUGAUUGGUUCAAGCUUAAACUCUCUAUUGAAUGAAAAAUCAUCUUUCUCAUGUAUCCACCAGGCUUAAAAUUCACCAUUAUAUUUCUGACAAGUCUUGUAGAUAGUGGCUGAAAAGCUUUUGUUGCCGCAUUCUUAAGAUGAUAUAUCAUUUGCAGGUACUUGCCCUGAGUGUGGUAUUUUUCACCCUGUUUGCUGGAAACAUGACAACGAUAUUAUAUGUCUUGCGUCAGAAAGUCGCCAAGACAGGAAUUGAAAUUCCGCAGAUGCCUUGUAACUAGGUGACAGCAUUGAUGAUCUUGAGCUGAAAUCAAGGGACUCUGCUUCUUAUCUUUACUUUACUUCCUUAUCUGAUGAUAAUGAUAUAUUUUUCAAAACUUCUGGAAACAAUAUCAUUAAUUGACCUUAUUCCGGAAUUACAGCAAAUAGAUCUUGGUGACAUAAUCUGCUAUACAGCCGUUUUUAGUGUCGUCACGCAACGCUCUUCCCUACUAGUGGGAAGGAGCGUUGCGACUAUUGCUGACAUGGCUAUUGCUCUCAGGCUAUUGCUAUCUAGUGUAUGCAAAUAAUGAUGGAGAUGAUUUGGAACAAUCUUUUAACGUAUUCAGUCCCGUUCUGGAAUGCGAUCAAUCGAAUGCACCCUAAAUUGGUGAUUUGCUUGUUUUGGCGGUGUUGCGGAUUUAGCUUUUUAUAUGUACUGUUAAAUGUUUGGGAGGGUUUAACUUUUCUAAAUGGCUAUGAUACUUAGUCGUUCUCGUACUAGAGCCAUAUGAACCUGAUCAUCAGCUACUGUCGAGCUCAGACUCCGUGUAGAAGCACUUAACGUUGCCUUUGUUUCAGUUUAUUGAAGCCACUGAAAUAAGUGGCAACCUCGUUCUCAGCAUCCUCUCCUACUUAUUCUCCGAGGGAGAUUUGAAGAUGAGCUUGGGAACGGGGUUGAAUAUCGUGCAAUGUAGGACGCGCAAAACAACCAACGCAGGACAGGGGCACUCCCCUCCCUACAGAAAAUUUGGAAAAAACAAUGUCGGCGAUGCCUUUUUUUUACGACCAGUAUUCAAACGAUCUUGUUAUUUGAAAUAUAAUUAUCGAUAAUUUGUAUUUUAACGAAAGAAAAAACUUGAAUUAUUAUUUAAAAUUGCUAAAUUUGAAAAGGGAAUCUUUUGGGGAAAACACUAUAUAUUUUUUGUAGGUAAUGGAAAAGUUUUGAAAUUUGUGUAGCGUGUGGUAGCUGUCAAGGUUCUAUAAAGGCAGUUUCUUGGGAACACUGACUCAUGUCCUUAUUCUGGGUUAGGAACAAUGCUUGAAUCUGCUAU